UGAUAUGCUCGUUUCCCUUUUACAAAAUAAAGGAGAGGAAAAACAAACUGUUGGGCGUGUCCUGUCCCUCUCCUGAGGACGCAGGGAGUUUCGCUGCUUGGUUCAGGAUUCGCUGAGAGUGAUACCAAGCUUCGCUACACCACGUCACAAAGCAGGCUACGGACCAGGGACUGGACACCCACUGUUUUCAUCUCCGAGCUCCUCGACUAUUUUGUUUCCAGACGUCUUUAAAGUCGUUAUCUUUAUCAGUUUUGCUGCUCUUUUUAAACAGCGCUGGGUUUUGAGACACGAAGUGAAUGAGAGUCCGAUCAGCCUGCAGCAGUGUGAUGCUGAUGACAUUUACACAACCCACGUCCUGAUUGGUUGAAUAUCUGUGAAAUGAGAAAUAUUAGAAAAAUCAAACCUAUUACAAAAAAAAGUCGCUUUUUUUCAGACAAGCGUUCAUUUUUGAUGUGAACGUCUUCAUGUAAGGUAUAGUUGUUUGAAAAAAUAUAUUGUCAGACAGAAAAAUUGUAACAACAAACUGCGAUCUUUACUCUUCCAUUUUGUUGGGUGGAAGCCAUGGCUUAAUGGUUCGAGAAGCAGCUUAGGGACCAAGAGGUCGCUGGUUCUAUUCCCUGGACCAGCAGGAAUGGCUGAAGUGCCCUUGAGCAAGACACCUAAUCCACAACUGCUCCCCAGGCUGCUCUGGAUUCUUGUUGCUGUGGAGUGCAGUAUGGAUCAUGUACCCGACCACGCUGGCUGUGAUCGCUCUCACUUUCUCAAACUACGUCCUGCAGCCGGCAUUCCCCAACUGCCUUCCUCCCUACAUCGCCACUCGCCUCCUGUCCACUAUCUGCAUCUUGUUGCUGACAUGGGUGAACUGCUCCAGUGUUCGCUGGGCCACACGCAUCCAGGAUUUCUUCACCGUUGGGAAACUGCUCGCUCUUGUUCUCAUUAUUGUCGUGGGCAUGGUCCAGAUUUGCAAAGGCCACUACGACGCUCUGGAGCCUCAGGCAGCGUUCGAGUUUAUCCGAGAUCCGUCAGUGGGGCAGAUCGCUCUGGCCUUCCUGCAGGCCUCGUUCGCCUUCAGCGGCUGGAACUUUCUCAACUACGUCACUGAGGAGGUGGUGGAGCCACGCAAGAACCUGCCACGUGCGAUCUACGUCUCCAUUCCUCUAGUCACGUUAGUGUACACUCUCACAAACAUCGCCUACUUCUCCUCCAUGACCCCCGAGGAGCUGCUCGCAUCCAACGCCGUUGCCGUGACGUUUGGUGAGAAGCUGUUGGGGAUGUUCUCCUGGGUCAUGCCCAUCUCCGUGGCUCUGUCAACGUUCGGAGGGAUUAACGGCUACCUGUUCACGUCCUCCAGGUUGUGUUUCUCAGGAGCAAGAGAAGGACACCUGCCCUACUUGCUGGCAAUGAUCCAUCUGAAGAACUGCACACCCAUCCCGGCUCUGCUCGUCUGUUGCACUGCGACCAUCGUCAUCCUCUGCAUUGGUGAAACCCAUAACCUGAUUAACUACGUGUCUUUUAUAAACUACCUCUCCUAUGGCGUGACCAUCGCCGGCCUGCUGUACUACCGCUGGAAGAAGCCCCAUCUCGUCAGACCCAUUAAGGUGAACCUGCUGGUCCCCAUCAGUUACCUGGUGUUCUGGGCCGUAUUGCUGGGCUUCAGUCUGUACUCGGAGCCAGUGGUGUGUGGCAUGGGGCUGGUCAUCAUGCUCACCGGAGUCCCCAUCUACUUCAUUGGAGUUCAGUGGUCACAAAAGCCACACUGGAUCUACAGCGCAGUGGAGCAUGUGACGUAUUUGGGCCAGAAGCUGUGUUACGUCGUGUUCCCUCAGGACGAUCUCUCUGAAACGGAGCCUCUCACAGAGAAAACUGAGAAGUCGGAGCUCUGAGGCAUCAAUCCUUCCAGGGAAAAUGCGUCCCCUUUUUUUCUUUUUUUUUUCUUUUUUUUUUUUUUAAGUUAAAUAUUAUGGGGUCAAAAAAAAAACCCCACCCAGAAAAGCAGCAGUUAUUAACUCGGGAAUUUCUUGUGCAGGUGAUGAGACGGAUUUCUCCACGGUGCUCUAGGUUCCACUUUGUUUUGUUUUGUUUUUUCCCAAGUGUGUAAAGAAAGAGAGGCCUGUUGAGGAGAGGUGCAUAUUUUAUUAUUCUGGGCUCUUCUCGUCUUUUCCGCUGGCUGCGGAUGUAGGAAUGUGUAAAACGAACCCUUUUGUCCUCACAAAAGGAACUGGUUUCCACCGACCUCCCCUCGUUGCUACCUGGAGGCCAUUCCUGAUUUAAAAUACGGAGCAUGUGUUCUCGAGAGCCAUGCAGGAUCUUUUGUUUCUUUUGUUCUUUGUGUAUUAACGACUACCGGCCCAUAACUUUCAGCUGUGUGUGUGUGUGUGUGUGUGUUUUUCUUUGAUAUAUCAUCCUUAUAUAGAUGGCAUGAAGCCACAAAUCUUUAAGUCGUACCACAGAGAUGUGUGUGUACAUUUAAUUUUUAUUUUUUGCUUUGUUUUUUUGUUCAGCUGUGUAUCAGGUGUCCUUAAAACCAGUGUGUAUUUUUGAAGCAAGGUGAAAAUAUGCAAUUUUUGAGUA